GGGCGCACAGGAGGAAGGAGGAAGCCGCCAUCUUGGAGCGUCGAGUCGCCAUAACAAGGCACCGGGGGAGCGAGAGGAUUUUGUACCUGGGCGAGGGGGAGCGCGGCUGGUGGCGAUUGAAGCAAGUGAAUUGUGAUAUAACUGAACUUCAGUAGAGGGCUUUUUUUAAAAAAAAGUUGUUCCACAGUGCAUCAGAGCAAGUUACUGCUUUACUUUUGAGUGACUUACAGGUGCUUGCCUGCAUUGCAAUAAAGGACUCAUAUAUUGAGCAAGACUUAUUUAUCUCUUCAUUUUGGAGAGUCUAAUAAACUGUUAUUACAGUUUCUGUACUGACUUUCAAAGUUUUGAAGUCUAAAAAGACAUCUUUAAAGAUAAAAGCAUGAGCACGGCCAGAACAGAGAACCCUGUUAUAAUGGGUCUAUCCAGUCAGAAUGGGCAGUUGAGAGGCCCUGUAAAACCCAGCGGGGGCCCAGGAGGUGGAGGCACACAAACUCAGCAACAGAUGAACCAGCUGAAAAAUGCCAACACAAUCAAUAAUGGCACUCAACAGCAAGCACAGAGUAUGACCACCGCUAUUAAACCUGGUGAUGACUGGAAGAAGACUUUAAAACUCCCUCCAAAGGAUUUGAGAAUCAAAACUUCGGACGUGACCUCCACAAAAGGAAAUGAGUUUGAAGAUUACUGUUUGAAACGGGAGUUGCUGAUGGGAAUUUUUGAAAUGGGCUGGGAAAAACCAUCUCCUAUUCAGGAGGAGAGCAUCCCCAUUGCUUUAUCUGGUAGGGAUAUCUUGGCUAGAGCAAAAAAUGGAACAGGCAAGAGUGGAGCCUACCUCAUUCCUUUACUUGAACGGCUAGACUUAAAGAAGGACAAUAUACAAGCAAUGGUGAUUGUUCCCACCCGUGAACUAGCCCUGCAGGUCAGUCAAAUCUGUAUCCAAGUCAGCAAGCACAUGGGAGGUGCCAAAGUGAUGGCAACAACGGGAGGAACCAAUUUGCGAGAUGACAUAAUGAGACUUGAUGAUACAGUGCAUGUGGUGAUAGCUACCCCUGGGAGAAUUCUCGAUCUCAUCAAGAAAGGAGUAGCAAAAGUUGAGCAUGUCCAGAUGAUAGUAUUGGAUGAGGCAAAUAAGUUGCUGUCUCAAGAUUUUGUUCAAAUAAUGGAAGACAUAAUCCUCACACUACCUAAAAACAGACAGAUUUUGCUCUACUCAGCCACUUUUCCUUUGAGUGUGCAGAAGUUCAUGAAUUCCCAUUUGCAGAAACCGUAUGAGAUAAAUCUGAUGGAGGAGCUGACCUUGAAGGGAGUUACUCAGUACUAUGCCUAUGUCACUGAGCGUCAGAAAGUGCACUGCCUCAAUACACUCUUUUCCAGGCUCCAGAUUAACCAGUCGAUCAUUUUCUGCAACUCCUCUCAACGGGUUGAAUUGCUAGCCAAGAAGAUCUCCCAGCUGGGCUAUUCCUGCUUUUAUAUCCAUGCUAAAAUGAGGCAGGAGCACCGCAAUCGUGUAUUCCAUGAUUUCCGAAAUGGCUUGUGCCGCAAUCUCGUUUGCACUGAUCUGUUUACCCGAGGUAUUGAUAUCCAGGCUGUGAAUGUGGUGAUAAAUUUUGAUUUCCCAAAGCUGGCAGAAACUUAUCUUCAUCGCAUUGGCAGAUCAGGUCGCUUUGGUCAUCUUGGCCUGGCCAUCAACUUAAUCACCUAUGAUGACCGAUUCAACCUGAAAAGUAUUGAGGAACAGUUGGGAACUGAAAUUAAACCCAUACCAAGCAACAUCGACAAGAGCUUGUAUGUGGCAGAAUACCACAGUGAACCUGUAGAAGAUGAGAAACAGUAAACAUGCAGGCUUUGAUUACACAUGCCAGAAGGUGAAGCCCUAUGAUCCAGAUCUGUGACACAUCGUUUCUUUGGGGAUACCCUUCUCUUUGUGGGUUUUUCUUCAUCUUUUUAUUUCGGAACUAUGAAGACUAAAAGAACUCGGCCUUUUUUUCUCUUUACAUUUGGCAGCAAUGAAGAAAGAAGAUAAAAGGAGGAAUGUCUUUUUGUUUUUCCACUUGUUUGCACUGUGUGCUGAUUGAACAUUAGUUGCACUAACUGCUGGUUUUAAAUUUUGUUUUCUUUGGGCGGGAGGGUCAGCAAGGGAAGAAGAGAAACCCUGAAAAGAGAAGAAUCUUGAUGAACACGAGCUUGUCUGCUAUUUCAAAUUCUUUAACCAUUGACUGAGUGCAUUUCAACUUCUCCCUGGUUACUCAUCUGUUUUUUAAGCUAAAGAGCUUCUUACUUAUUCGUGCAAAGUGCCUUAUGCUAUGAGACCAUUCAGAAUAUCACCUUUCCAACACAGCCCAAGGAAUCGACAUCUGUUUUUGGUUUCAGGUCAAAGUUCCCCUCUCUUCCCCUUCUCCUCCUUCCCAUGUAGUCAAGCCCAGGGCUGGGAGGUGAAAUGUAUUGGUUACUGGUAAUACUCCUUUUUUUUUUUCCAACUUUUUAAAAUUUUUUUAAUUUUUUUUUUUAUUGGAGGAGUUGAUAUGCAUCUACAGUUCACCCAAACUGUAAAUAUCUGUAUUUAAAAUGAAACCAACCUAAAAUCUGGGCUGAUUAGGUGCAGCAUCAUAGCUCCAGAAGGAAAGAGUAGCCUGUGAUCCUUUGCAGGAGCCAUAAGAAAAGCCCUGUGCUCUAGCAGAACACUAAAGACUGGUUUCCAUGAGUCUUCAUUAGUAGUUACAGCACUUGAUAGGUAGACUUGUUUCAGAGCCAUGGCCCUCUUUCUUCUGGUGCAGUGUGUCCCAUAGAAAAUCAGAUGUGUAUAUUGUACAAACUUUGUAAAUAUGAUUUUUUUUUUCUGUUUGGGUUCAUAUAUAACUUUUUCUUUUAUGAUGAAGGUUGCUGAGGUUAAAGGGAUUAGACUGAUUAUGGGAGCAGCUAAAGAUGAGAGGGGCUCAGUUUUCUGCAACACUAAACAAUGAGAUGUUCUCUGACCUCUGUGAACUGCAGGCCACCACAAGUGUCCCUUGUCAGGGUGGAUUUACUCUGGUGCUAGCAACAGUCCUGUACUGCUCCUAUGGAAGAGAUCACUUGUGGGGCACCAAGACUUCCAAACCCAUAGCUCAGCCUUUUGGGAGAUGCUCUUUGAUUUUCCCCUUUAGAAACUUCAGGAACUUGACAAGCUCUGAAGGAGUCCAUGACCUGUGUUCCACCGUGGUGUGAGGGAAAUCCAGUGGGUGUCACUGAGCAGUAUACACGUAAGGUGUGGAUUUGGGUUUGAGAGACCAUAAAAAAACCAGUUUGCGUGCAUAAACUGAUAGUUCUGGAGCUUUGUGGAAUUGAUUCACUUCCUGCAGUGCUGCAUUUUCUGCCCAGAGUGGCCUCUGUGCAGAACUGUGAGCAGGUAAGGGCAAACCCCUGUUAAUGUCAGAAGCUGCAGGAAGCUGCUUGCCAACUGCUCUUGUUUGCCAUGAGUUGCUGUCUGCCAUUUUACAUUGUAUAUUGCUGAAAAGUGCUUUCUGGUCAAAUAGUGUUGCUUUAAAUUGUGCCCCUCCCAACAUGCUUGAUGUUUGGCCUGAUCUACAGGCAAAAGGAGUGAGACAAAUCAAAAAAUUACUCUUUUUAAAAUCCCUUUUAGCCUGUUAACCACCACUGUCAGGAGGCACCUGGGUGAAUGCAAUCCCUUUUGCUCAGUCAUUUAUUGCAUAUACAGAUGCUGCACUCACACCAUGCUUGCUUACUUCUGAGACAGGAUUUAAUUGUCUUAAUUUCUCCCCAUUUUGACCCUUUUUUUGAAUUGGAGUAAAAUAGUUUGGAAUUGCAAGGUGGAUUAGCCAUUCCUUUCCCUGAUGAUCAUAAAUAGAAGCCAGGUGCCUCCUGACAACAACUUUACAAGAUUGAAAGGUCUUUGUGUUCGGGAUGUUUUUCUUCUUUUUGUCAGCAGUGACUCCUUAAUUGUAGCAAAUGCUGCACUAGAAUACAAACUCAAGAGCUUGGUCUCUGUGAGCCACAUAGCUUAUAUCUGACUGGCAGGUACUAAAUGUAAACAGUUUUGGGGUGCUUUUUGGGGGUGGGGGGUGGGAGCUUCUGGGUGGUAACUUUGACCAAAAGUAAAAUCUUGCUCCUGUACUGCAGCCAGCUUAUGAUUUUCCAGACAGAAGAGGGAUCAUUUUAAUGCAACAAAGACAGGAAAAUGUAAAUAAAUUUUGUAUCUCACCAGGGCAUGCACAUGUAACAAGAGCAGGAUAGCAAUGUCAA